GUUUAAUUUGCUUCAUGAACUAAAGUGGAGGAGAUGCUAAUCUAAACUGUGGAAUUCACAAAAUUUGCUUCUUCUUGUCCUGGAAUGUUAUGAAUGGUGAUGGAAUCUUUUGUAUGCUAAGAUUCUAGUAUAUUUAAGAAUCUUUGUCGAAGAGCGCCGAAAGGGUUGCUUAAUUAAGAUGAAUAGGAUAUACUUGUUAGUAUCAAUGAGCACAGCUUCAAGCCCUAGAGUAGAUCAAUGCUCUAUUAGUAUUCGUUAGAAUAAAGUACAGUGACGAGAAGAAGGAAAAAAAAAAAAAAAGAAUUAGUACUUCUAGAGGUCGAAAGGACCUGAUACAUCUUUACAGCUCUUGAAAUAUAUACAUUUGGCUACUACUGCAGUGUCAAUCACUUGCACAGAUGCUUACAAUUGACGAAUUUUUCUCUUGCCUUUUGUCUGAUUCCUCCUCUGCUAAAGGACUACUUUUACCUCUUUCACUUUGCAACAUCCAGGAUGUUCUUUGGGUAACCAAUUGCCUUGUGUGUUUUCUCUGCUUGCCUGGCCCUCCUUUUCAUUCUCCGACUUCACAAGAUUGAGAUCAAUAGAGCUGUCAAUAUCGGUAUUAGACUAUUAGGUCCUCUUGGCCGGUAGAUCGUAGGAGGUCCUUGGGUAAACCCUGCACAUGUUUUUCUACUUCUCUCGCCUUGGAGUGCAAGAGAAGUGUAGAAUUAAGAAGUGGUAACCAUCAACAAUUACAGUGACAGGAUUUUGUCCUCACAGAUGUGACAACCAGCAACUUGUUUUUCAUCUUUACUUGCACAGGCUGUUGAUUGGUCGCUCGUUUGACCUUAUGCUGGCACUGUGAUACGAGCUUCGUAGAUGUAGCAGUCGUUCACGAGCAUUCUAGAGACACCAUCAGCCUCUUUUGCUGUCUUCUUGAAUGGUGUGUGCCUCUUUCGUUACUCAUAAUCGAUGGUCGGUUUAUCAUGUUUAGCACUUUGCUGCAGAUCAGAGAAUAUGGAGGAAACAAAUUGUGGUGGCCAUGAAAAGCCAGUACCAGAAAUGAUCAAGACCUAAGUAAAGGGGGGAGUGACCAUAGUACUGAAGAAGCAAAGUUGUCAAUUGCCCCCCCCAACCCAAUGUGAGAGAUGAAGGGGACAUAUUAUGUUGGUGGUAUAUUUUGGUACAUUGGGCUGCUGUUUUGUCAAUCCUUUGAUAGAAGCAGACAUGCGAAAAGGACUUGGAAAAUUAUGCGUCUGGUUGUGGAGAGUGACCACCAAGGGCGGUGGAGUUCCUCCUUUCUGCCCCCACUCCCCCAUGUGAAGCUUAACAGGUCAACAAUGAGUGGUAAUGGUACAGUUCUAUGGAAAGAUCCCAAUUCCAGAACAUCCGACUGACCAAGUUUGUGACUUUCCAAGAAGUGAGGAGCUUUUCAUGGCUCGUGGUUAGUUUUACGAUUGGACAAUCACCAUUGAACGUGAAGAUGAAAAGGGGAAUCGAAAAUGACUGUCAUUACAAUGACCAAAGCUUGAGACAAGCAGACUGUGGAGGUGGAAUAUCAUGAGAGAAAGGGGUAGAAAGUAACUAAGGGAGGAUAAUGAGAAGUGGGAGUGGUAGAUGUGUCGCUGGCUGUCCAACAUCAAGAUAGUAGAUUAGGGUCAUCUGCAUGGCCCUUCCAACAAGCCCUAAAGCCAAAACGUUAACAUUGUACAGGGAAACUGGACCACCACCAUCACCUUCUCCAUUACUGUACCAUAGACUAAAGAUCUCGGGAGUGGUGGGUACGUAGCCAAAAUUGUCUGGGAUCGUUCAAAGUUGGUAGACCCAACUGGUCCAAUCUUGCAAAGUCGGAAGUAUGUGAACCAUUUUACCCGGAAUGAGUUAGGUGGUAAUUGGAUUUUAAGUAGCCACCAUUUAUUUUUCUUUUUUUUUAAUUUCACGAUUAAAAUUGUUUUAGGGUAAUUUUGGAAGAAAAAAAGACCAUACUUGAUUAUUCUAUGUACUAGCUUAUAACCCGGCCCGUUGGCCGGAAUGUUCAUAUUUGAUUAUUUGUAUUUUUAUGUUACAUUUAGUCUAUCAACCCGUUUAGUUUUAUUGACAAUUCUUCGAUCUAGAUGAUAUAUAAAGAAAGAAUAUAUAGGUCGAACUUUUGGAGAAAUAAGAAUAUAAAAUAUAAAAAUGAUUGAUCUCAUUUUUAUAAUGAUAAUUAAGCCCCAAUUAAAAUGCUAUUGGUUAGUUGAUUGUCAAGAAAGAUAGAGUACAAAAGCUCAUUGGAAUUCCCACACGCCAUAGAUAGUUUGAAACACAAUUUUAAACCUCACAAUCCUACAUAAAGGGUUCAAUGCACUCCUUAGGAACAAUAUGCCACUAAUCAAAAAGAAAUGGAGAGUUGUUGAUUCAAGUCAACUAUAUACUAACAACUCAAUUAAGAGGGGACCAAUAAAACUUGAGAGCAAACGAAAAAAUUAGGGUUACCUCCAAUAUGCUAAUAAACUCGAUCGAAGUAAUAAGACACAAAAUUAGACACUCCGUAUCUAUCAGUUCCAAUAGGUUGAAUAAAGAAUCGACCUAGCUGCAAAAACCAUAAACCUAAAGGUCCAAUAGUCACCACUCUCUGCUGUAGAACCAAAUUUUUAUCUCAAGAGACAUAUGUUUCAAUAAAAAAUUCAAUCUCUAAUCCUCCUUCUACAACUCCAUUUAUUGAACUCCAUUCUAUUUGUCAUGGAUUGAUAUCGGAGUUGAAAUCUUCUACUUGCCUAGCUUAAAUCCCGAAUAAUAAAAUCGUAGUGCCAAGAGAUACCAAAAGAUUGAUUUCAAAGGCGGUCUUGUAUUGAAAAGUGAAAGGGGCGUAAACUAUUGCACGAUAGAGGGAAUUUCGGAGGAAGUUAAAAGAGAUAAGAACAAAGAUAAAAAAAAGCACUAAAUAUAAAUUUAAAUUGAAAAUUUCAAGGAUACAACACGCAGUAACAUAAUUAGUUUCUUCUAUGGUAGCCAAUUAUCAAUCUACCUUUAGCAAAAAAAUUAAGGCGAGAGCAAAAAAUUUAAAAUUGAGAAAAUUACAUGAAACUCUAGCUACUAUGAAAACUGAAGUAUCAAGCACCAUAAAAAUAUAUACGGUAGACUUAGUGGGCUUGGUAAUCAUGAUGGAAAAUUCAUCCAAUUUUCAGAGUCUAACUUUGUGUAUGCUUUGUACUAAAAAAGAUACAACAAAUUUGUUUAGUGUAAUUGGUUGUGAUUGUUGUCUUUGUUUUAAGAGACCCGGGUUCGAAUCCUCAUAUUGAUAUUUUUAUUGAGAUAAAUAUUUAAUUGUAAA